CUACUUCUCGGUAUCUAUACAGACGCUCAGAGACCGGUACUUAUAACAUAAAUAAUACACCGUGAGGUGACAGUCGUCUUCAAGCGCUCGCCUUAACUACAGACUCCAAAAAAGAAUAUACACAAGUGUUUCGAAUUUCGCCUCCACGAUGAAGAGAAUGAGCCAGUGCAAAGAUGACAUCGCUGACGAGAACGGCAACACAGCCCUGCACUAUGCCAUCAGUUACCAGGAAUUCGAAAUGGCCAAAAAACUCAUCAGUCUCGGCGUCGACGUUUGCGCUGCAAAUAGCGACCAAGUCACACCUCUGCAAUUGGCUAUAGCCAACAGGAUUCCCAUCGGUUGUUUGGACAAGAGGACAGCCGAUCUUGGUAAACGUGUUCCGCUCUUCUCGAUAUGCCUGGAUUCUUACGACUGUGCCGUUAAUGCCCGGAACGACAAAGUGCUCAAGGCCCUAGGUUGCAAUAGGAUCCGCAGCGACGACGACAACCGUAAGCUCGUGAAGAUGCUGUUGGAUGCCGGGGCCGACGUCAACGUCAAGGAUCUGUUCGAAUGCUCGCCGAUCCAUUGCGCCGUCUAUACAGGAGAUCUCGAACUCGUGAACAUUCUUAUCGAUGCCGGCGCCGACGUCAACGGACAUAACGAUCUGGGAGUUACGGCGUUGCACUACGCUGUCUUGUGCCGCAACGUGUCAAUGGUUCAGCUACUGUUGAACCGCGGCGCCCUAGCCAACGCGUCUUACAAUAACGUGUGCGAGCCGCCCCUAUUCUGGGCCUCGAUGCUCAAUUGGGACAACGGUCUCGACGUUAUCAUCAGAACACUUCUGGAGGCGGGAGGUGAUUUGAACCAGUUCCACUCGAGCGAUUUGAACUAUUCGGAUUCUUCCAUAUUUUCGGACUCCGAUUUCUUGCAAACUCCCUUCCAUUAUAUUCUGAUGUACGGGGACAUCGACUUGGUCAAGCUCUGCAUCGAGAAGUACAAUGCGGACCUGAAGUUGACGGGAGAGAACAUGGACGAGAACGACGCUUUGAAAUUCGCAGUCUACAACGAGGAUAUCAGCGUGAUGAACCUGAUGCUGAAGAAAGGAAUAACCAAGUGCACUUAUGGUCUGACCGCGCUGCAUCUCGCAAGUCUGUGGUUUAGACCACAGCACGUUCAGCAGUUGAUCGCCGAUGGUGAUGACGUCAACAGGUUGGUACGUGGUGAUUACGACUUGUAUAGUGAUUUCACGCCAUUAGCGCUGGUCGUAGAUAACAACACGUUUAGUAAUGGUGCAACGCAAGAACUUUACGAAGCGUUGGAAUGCGAAAUGGAUCGACCUAAUGCCGCGGAGGACAGGAGGAGGACGAUAAAAGUGCUGCUCGACUGUGGCGCCAACCUGAAUCAGAAGAUUCACGAGAGGACAGCCCUGGAGAUAGCAAUCUCGAACAGACCCGCCAACAGUGAAGAGCCCGACGAUGCAGAACGCUUGAUCAUCGAGCACACGGCCGAGGUCGAGGCUAGGACGAACGAGAAAGUGUUCGACGAGUACAACCUGAAGUUGAUUAACGCAAACCCUAGGUCGAAGGCGUACUACGAGAAGUGCCAGGCCGAGCUGACGGCCAUGAGGAACAGCAAGAUCGAGGGUACGUCCAUCACGUACUUUUCCGUUCUAACGAAACCACUGGAAGUGGUGGCUCGUAACUUUAGAAACGAGAAAUUCGUUCAGGAGUUCGAGGUCAAUUAUCGAGAAGCUUAUCCUGUCUAUGCAUGGCGGUUGAAGGAGAAAUUCGAAGUGGCUCGCGCUAGACAGCAGAAGAACGAGCGAGCCCUUUUUGCUUUGAGUAGGAUGCUAAAAUUCGCCGACCCGAGCUUCUUGGCUUUUGAAACUGUUUUAAAAUAUUUAACCGAAGAAGACUUCGACUCACUUAUUAAUUCUUGCACAGUAUGACAUUGAUUAAGAAUGGCGUUAUUUCUAUUUGUAUUAUAUUGUAAACGUCUAACUUAAUUUUAUUUUACUCUUGCGUCUACAUAUCUAUGUUUUGCUUCACCGUCCCUUAAUUUAUUUAAGGUCAACCAUUUUUGUAUAUACUCAACGUGUAUAUAAUUCACGUAAGAAUGUAAAUAAAUUUCACUUUUUUAUUAA